UGAGGGAGCUGCCUGCGCUGCUAGGGAGGGGAGUGUGCGCCGCUCCGGGCUGCAGCCUAUUUUAGUCACGUCUUCCCGGCCACUCGUCUUCAGUGACAAACUUUCCCGGGACGGCCGCUCUUCAGAGCCAGACGGCCAAUACUUUCUACGCUGGGGCGCCAGAGGUUUGUACAAAUCGACUUACUACGGAGGAGAAGAAUGCUGCUGUAAAUGACUGCUCUGCUGCUAAAUCCAUUCCUUCUCUAAUGACAACAGCGUUGCUUCCAAUACAUAAUCUAAUAUGGAUGAACAGAAACCUCAUUCUGAACUGUCAUGACUAUCAAGUUAUUUUUGGAGUGGAUGUGAAAUUCUUAUAUUUCAGGAAACAAAAGAUAUGGGAAAACAACAUGAGUGGUUACUUGAAAGAAAGAAGCACUGCAAUUCAGAUGUAGAAGCCAACAUGAGAGCGGAAGGCAUGGACGGAAACUUGAGUUUUUGGGGGAGCCUUGUGACAGGACAUCCCGUGUGCACCAGCUGGAAGCAAGACGCUGAGGGAUCUAUAUACCACCUAGCCAGUAUUCUCUUUGUAUUGGGCUGUAUGGGAGGAAGUGGAUUUUCUGGACUUUUAUAUGUCUACGUUUUCUUCGCUUUGAGUUUUCUGUGUACUUGUAUUUGGGCCUGGCUGGAUGUCUGUGCUGCUGAUGUCUUCUCCUGGAACUUCAUCCUUCUGGUGAUAUGUAUUGUGCAAAUGAUUCACCUCGCCUAUCAGCUGAGGAGUGUCACCUUUGAUAAGGAGUUCCAAGAUGUCUAUGCUUCAGUCUUUCAGCCACUGGGGAUCUCAUUAACUGUUUUUCGAAAGAUCAUCUCGUACUGUAACGCAGAGGUGGUCAUUUUGGAAAGAGAACAUUGCUAUGCAAUUCAAGGAAAGACACCCAUCGAUAAGCUUUCUUUACUUGUGUCUGGAAGAAUACGUGUGACAGUUGAUGGAGAGUUUCUUCAUUAUAUUUUUCCACUUCAGUUUUUGGAUUCUCCAGAAUGGGACUCUCUGAGACCUUCUGAAGAGGGUGUUUUUCAGGUAACACUUACUGCAGAAACCAAGUGCAAGUACAUUACAUGGAGGAGAAAAAAACUCUACUUACUAUUUGCAAAACAUCGCUUCAUCUCAAGAUUUUUCUCAAUGUUGAUAAGGGGAGAUAUCGCAGACAAGCUCUAUGCAUUGAAUGACAAGGUGUUUGUGGACAGUGGAUUUCGAUUUGACAUAAGGAUUCCAAACUUUUAUCACAUGUCCUUGCCUGAACAGGCACACUCUGGUGCCCCCAUCAUUCGAGUUCAGGACUUUUCCACAAGGAGAAAAGCAGCAAAGAGGCCAAACCAUUCUUCAACUUAGUCAAUAUUUAUCAAUUGUGCAAAGCAUAAGUGCCACUUACUGCAUUCAUCAAAGGCAGUAGUUCCUUCAUAUUCAGGUUUUAUAAUGCUCAGUGUCUACUGGUUUCUUCACAAUGCCUUCUAAUAGUUGCCAUUUUCAUAAACAAAAGGCAUUUCAAACACCCCAAGUAAUAUCUUAAGGGUAAAUCAGGCAUUUUGUAAGAUUACAACCUCAAUCCCUGUAUCCAGUAUAAAUAUGUAGUAGACAUGUGAUGCAUCUUCCAGUCGACUUCCAAUUUAAUAGAAUCCAUGUAGAACAGUUGAUGUUCUUGUCAUGCAUCCUGUACCCUGGUCCCUUGAAUCUUGUCUUUUUUUUUCUAUAGCACAAGCUACAGAGAUGAGAGUUAUUUAUUUCUGACAGUCGACGAUUACUGGGAACUUCUCCAACAACCAGACUGUAAAUACAAUCAACAGUUUUGUAAGGAAGAGAUUCCACUAGAAAUUUCUAACAUUACUUAAUCAUGAGUCAAGAAAACCUGUAUUCAUAAUAAAGACUUUUUU